GUUACACUGGAUUUGCUUCGCAAGCGUGCUGAGCACAACAACAAAGAGCUGUCCACCCUGGAGGAAGUCUCCUUGCAUCAGGAAAAUCUGGAGAAGAUCGAGCUUCUCGACACUGCCUGCCGCCAAUUGCAAAUUCUCUAUCUACAAAACAACAUUAUCGGCAAAAUUGAGAACCUUCAGCGCCUCAAGGAGCUCCGUUACAUCAAUCUCGCCCUGAAUAACAUUGUUCGCAUUGAGGGCCUUCAAGGGUGCGAAUGCCUGGAAAAGGUGGACUUGACCGUCAACUUUAUCACCGAUGUCACAACGGUGACUUCUCUACGUGCCAACCGCAAUCUCCGGGAACUCUAUCUGACUGGCAAUCCCUGCACGCAAUUCAAGGGCUACCGCGAGUAUGUCAUUUCAGUCCUUCCCCAGCUCCAGCUCCUGGACGGCAAGGCUGUCACGCGCUCGGAGCGCAUUCUUGCGCUUCAGGACUUUGAGCGCACUCAGAGCAGCAUUCGAGCUGCCAUUGCCGAGGUAGGGCGAGCGUGGCUCUUUCAUUCUGAUGAUAGCGAGGAAAAAAAAAAAAAAAAAGAAGCAACAUUCAAACUCUACUUCAAGACCGUCUGUUUUACCUCACUGGCCAGUCGCGUUUGUAGACUGGAGGUACCUGAGCUGUCUGAUGAAGCCCAGAAGCAGUUUUGGGAGGAAGAGACAGAGCACACGCCUCAGGCCCGCUUCAUGAUGCAAAAGAAACAGGAGGCUUUUCAGCGCGCUGAAGACAUGAAGCGCAAUCCACCCCCACCUAAGAAGGAGCGGCGCUUUUUCCGUGACGAUGGCACGCCCCUCAACAUCAACGAGGGGGAUUGGGACUUUCGCCUCUUGGGCCAAGAGUACGAUAGCCAGGCACUAGAAUUGGAUUUCCCUUGCUACCGACAUCUGGAUACGUCGCAGCUCGAGGUGGAUGUGCAGCCGUACCACGUGCGCGUGGUGGUCAAGGGUCGUGUGUUUCAGCUUCAUCUGCCCGAAGAAGUCAAACCAGACUCAAGCUCCGCCAAGCGAUCAAUGGUGACGGGGCACUUGUUGAUCAGCAUGCCCAAGGUCAAACCCGUGCUGACGGCUCGGGCACGAACA